CACAGAGGUCAGGAGCUCUGGGAUAGAUCCCUGGAAGGCUUAAAUAUGGUGAUGAGAUGUACACACGGAAGAGCCUAGCAUAAAGGUAGAACAACCAAACAUAAGAAUGAAACAGCCAACCCCACGCACCAAAGGAAGGAAGGAGCAGAACAUUUUCUGUCAAUCCAACAAGAAAAAUGACAAGGUGCAAAAGGCAAUCACAAGGGCAACAUCAGGCCUUCAACAAUUCAAAAAAAUGAAGAAAGCAAAAAAGCCAACAAUAAUAGUCUGUUACUACAGGAUGAACAAGAAAAUAAAUCAAAAUCAGCUGGCAUAUAAACAAGAGGCCCCAGAGAGCUCUGAUGAUCCAAGUAAUGCCCUGUGAGUGGCAGGGACCAGAGAUCUGGACCUAGCUCCUGUGUCUUCUGAGGAUGCAGUGAAUUGUCAACUACAGAAAGACCAAAUCUGAGAAACAGAGGUUAUACCAGUGGUGAUGAUGACAAUAAAAUCAAGUUAUCAACAAGGAAAAAAACAACAA